AUGAUCACGCUUCAUAACAUCGUUCGCAGCUAUCUAAAGGAAGCCCAGGCAACUUCCACCGUGGCGGACCUUGAGAUCAACAACCUCUGCACGGAAGGCGACUCUCUUACUUAUUGCUUAAGCGUCCCCGGCAGCAGUGAGACGUUUACCAGUGCACGGUGGGCUCUCCUGCAUGUGUGCCCGUAUGUUCUCUUCAAGGACAUUUUCAAGGCACUGCUCCUCAAGCUUCUCCAACUUCGACAUCACCCUGAGCUUGACCUUUCCGAUUUUUUCGUCCGCAACGUGCACGAGGAUGCGAAGGAUCACCUUGUCAAGCAUGGGUAUCUACCAAAGAUCAAGGAUAACACCAGGCUCAUAGUCAUCAACGAUGAGGCACAGUUCCUUGGCGACCACUCUGGCUCAGGCCUGAAGGAUAGCUCGACCAACUUUGAGUACAUGGAGUUCCCUGGAGUUACCGAUCUCGAGUCGAUCAAGGCGUACAUAUCUCGAGUGCGGAGGUGUCUGUUGGAUGUCGAAUCAAGGCGGGUCUUUGACGAGCGUCUUUCGCAGGAUGCACUCGACAUGCUGUUUGGCAAGUUUACAGAAAGUAUUGUCGAAUGCAACAACCCUAGUGCAUGGAAGAAGACCAUCGAGGAUGCAGAGGACAGGCUGGAUCAGCUUGUGGAGCCUAUCGACAGCAUGCUGGACCUCCUUAUGUAUCAGCGCUGCAUGUUUGGGAAUCACGACCUUGUCCUCAAGGAGGUAGACCCUCAAUUGGUGGAGCAUGCGUUUGGUCGGAUCAAGAUCAUACAAGGUCACGCUGUUACCGUGAUGGACGAGCCCUUCGUUUCCAAAGCUGUCGAGAACUAUAUCGCCGCUAUCGAUCCCUACUUCGCAAGGAAUGUGCGGGAACGUAUGGUAAAGCCGACGGCUAUUGAUCAGGGAUGUGUGUUUGAGCGGUUCAUGAUGAAGGUCUUCAGCACGACUCACGCGAUGAUGUCGAUGGAGCACUUCAUGGACGCUCAUGUCAACCAUGGGUCAACCCGUAACAACAUGUCUGUCGCGCCAUUUUUCUUUCCCAAAUCCAAGCCAUCGGAACCAGACUUGGUUUUCUUCAUUCGGAUCGACGGUGCUCGGUUGGUUCCUGUCUUCGUUCAGAUGAAGCUGCAUCAAGGGUCGUCUAACUUCUGGGAGAAGGGUUGGAAUGAGGGCCAGGCAAAGAAUUUUCGCAAGUACUGCCCCGACAACGUCUACAUCAGCAUGAUCGUUGCAUACCCUACCAAAUGGACUGAGAAGCUGCCAGCACCUUCAGAACUCCCAAAGGGCCCCAGUGGUGUUCAGAAGGUCGUGAUCAACAUCAGCGAUGACUAUUUCAGCGACAUUUUCCUCCAGGAGCAUGUAGAGUUUAUUGAUCGACUCAAGAAUGCUCGAAAGCGCUCUGUUGACGACGAUGACAGCAAUGAUGAGGACUGCUCCAAAAAGCAGAGGAGCUAA